GGCAGCCAGUGGGAGCUGGCGGACAGGCAGCUGCCCCCCCCCCCCCCGUGGGCGGACAGGCUGGCGACGCCCAGAGCUGAGCUGCGCAGACCGGUGACGGCUGGAGAACCACCUGCCGCGGCUCGGGACGAGGGGCCACAGGUGGUCGGGAAGCUGGGCAAGGAGGCCGGAUACCUGGACGGGCUAACCAUGGACAGCGUUCCUCUCAUCAGCUCCCUGGACGCCAGUCAGUUCCCGCCGCCGUUCCCGGACCAGAUGGUCAUCAAGACGCAGACGGAAUACCAGCUGUCCUCCCCAGAGCAGCUCAAGAAGCUCCCUGACCUGGAGGCCCAGAAGCUGCACUGCAGCCACCAUGAGGAUGGGCACAAGCACCUGCCCACGGCUCGCACCGUGGCCUUCGUGAUGGCGCUGCUGGGGUGUCUGCUCAUCAUGUAUAAGGCCAUCUGGUACGACCAAUUCAGCUGCCCCGACGGCUUCCUGCUGCGGCAGCGCAAGCUGUGUUCGCCGCUGACCCUGGAGAUGUACUACACGGAGAUGGACCCCGAGCGCCACCGCAGCGUCCUGGCGGCCAUUGGCGCCUACCCACUGACCCGCAGGCACGGCACACCCAUCCCGCUGCCCUGGUCCAGCGAGUACCGCCUGCCCAAGCUGGGCAGCAAGCCACCCACUGAUGAGGUCAAGGCCAAGGCCAAGGCCAGGGUGGGGGCAGCAGCCACCGAGGGCCCCCCCAAGCCGGCCCCUGCAGCUGCUGAGGAGGCGGGCAGCCCCGCACCCCCCCAGUGAGGUCCAUACCGCCGGCAGGUGGGCCCCUCACUCUUCCCAGGCACCCACCACCUUCCCCAGGGGACCCUCUCCUCCCCAGACCUCCCUGCCUUUCCCAGGGCCCCCCUCCUCCCUAGAGCCCCUCCCAUGCCUUCUCCAGGGCUCCCUUCACCCUCCCUAGGGAUCCCCUCCUCUCCAGGGCCCCCCAUGCCUGCCCCAGGACUCCCCCUACCCCCAGGGACCACCAUGCCUGCCCCGAGGCUCCCCCCACCCUCCCCAGGGCUCCCCCUACCACUCUCUCUAGGGGCCCUCCCCAGGCUGUCCCUUCUCCCUAGGCGCCCUCACAACCAUCCCAGGGUCCUUCACCAUGGGCCCUGCCCUCAUUCCUGGGGCAGGGUGCUCAGACUGGCUCCACCAGGCCGGGUCUGGGGAGCAGGCUGUGGCACCCUCGCUCACCUCCCUUUGCAGACCCCCCAACAUGUUACCGCCCCCUCCCACGUGGUCGUGCCUCCCAGCACCCUUGCCGACACUCCCUGCAUGGGGAGCCCCCGCCCGCUUUUCUGUGAAUAAACAUAUCAACUGGC